AGAGAGAGAGAGAGACGGUUGGGGCGGUCGGCCGUUAUCCAUCCCAUUUAAGCGUUCGUAACUGUCCAUCGAUCCGUAGGUCUCCACAUUUACCGGUCCUCCCUUACCUGUUUAAAUUACCUGCCUGUCUCACUCUCCACCUCAUCUACCUUACCUCAUUACAUAUUAAGAGUGCGGAAGAAGUAACAACCGCCUCCCUUACCUGUAUGUGCUGUUUAAUACCUGGCUGUCUUACUCUCCACCUCAUUUAACUUACUUUAUUUUAGGAUAUUAAAGGUGAGGAAGAAGUAGCCAAAAACACAAAAUAUAUGAAAAAAAAAUCGGAAAAAGAAUAUUAGACGAAAAAACUCAAAUAAAUUAACAUGAGAAAAUAUAUGACUUAAAUUACUUACCUGUCUCACUAUCUACCUCAUCCACCUUACCUCUUUCUAUGUAUUAAGAGUGAGGAAGAAGUAGCCAAAAACACAAAAUAUCUGAAAAAAAUCGGAAAAAUAAUAUUAAACGAAAAAACACAAAUAAAUAAACAUGAGAAAAAAUAUUAGUUUAAAUUACUUACCUGUCUCACUCUUCACCUCAUCCCUUACCUCUUUCUAUGUAUUAAAAGUGAGGAAGAAGUCAUAAAAAAACACUGACUAUCUGAACAAAAUUGCAUAAAAGAAGAAUAUUAGACAAAAAACUACAAAUGAAGGAAAAUGAGAAAAAAAAUAUUACUGUUUAAAUUACUUACCUGUCUCACUCUCCACCUCAUCUACCUUACCUCUUUAUAUAUUAAGAGUGAGGAAGAAGUAACAAAAAACACUAAAUACUUGCACAAAAAUCGCAAAAAAUAUAUUAAACGAAAAAACGAAAAAUAACGAACUUGAGAAAAAAAUACAUAUCACCUUACCAUUUACUAUAUAUUAAAAGUGAGGAAGAAGUACCGUAACAAAAAAACAAAAAAAACACAAGAUAUCUGGAAAAAGUCGCAAAAAGAAGAAUAUUAGGUUAAAAAAAAAUAUCAAGGAACACGAGAAAAAAAAUUACAAGUAACACGUGGAUGAUACUUCGAGAGGAGGGAAUAUACGAAGGUUGUUUGCUACCUCAUUCCGCGCCGUAUGACCACUGUAGUUCCGGCGCCAUGAUCUUACAAUUCAAUCAAUCAAUCAAUUUCUACCUCAUGUACCUUACCUCUUACUCACCUAUAUUUACUUGUUCUUGCUUCUUUCAAUCGUUUGUCUGCUGUGUUUACCUGGUUUCAUUAUCUUAUCAGCUGUUUGUUUUAUUGUGAUGUUAUGCUAUUUAUGGUUAUCUGUCGUAUCUCAGGUGUGUGUGUGUGUGUGUGUGUGUGUGUGUGUGUGUGUGUGUUUGUAUCAUGUCAUUUAUGUUUCUUGUUCUUCUAUGUCUUGGGUACCUCCUGUUCUUCUAUGUCUGAGGCACCUCCUGUUCUUCUAUGUCUUAGGUAACUCCUGUUCUAUAUCUUAGGUACCUCUUCUUCUAUGUCUUAUGCGUGUGUUGUAAGCUUAUCUUUUCUUACAUUGACCAUUCACCCGAAAUUGACCUCUCUUCUCGCCUCUCGUUUUCUUGUGUCGGUACAGCGUAUAGCGUUUUUUGUUUGUUUGUUUGUUUGUUUUGCCCUUGAGCUGCCUCCCUUUCCAUCUGUUUAUCAAUCCAUCAUUCUCUCAAAUUUUUCCUCACUAGUUUUUUUUUCUUCCCCAUUUCAGUGUGCAUCUGUCCUCACCCGUCCCUCUGUUUGUAGUUCAUCUUUCUGCCUGUCUGUCAGUUUAUCGUCUUCUACAAGGUGUUCUGUCUACGUCGCUGUCUGUAUAAAACCUUUCAGUCUGUCUGUCUCUGUAUCUACCUCUGUCAAGAUUACUUUCUACUUCUUAUCAUUUUCUGUCCCUUUGUUCUAUUUUACUGAUGACAUUGCUAUCAUAUCUACGUCAUUUUCUGUAUAUAGAUCUUUUAGUCUGUCUGUCUGUCUGUCUGUGUGUCUUUCUCUGUCUGUAUUAGUUUCUCCUACUUAUCAUUUUCUGUCCGUUUGUUCUAUUUUACUGAUGACAUUGCUAUCAUAUCUACGUCAUUCUCUGUCUAUAAAUCUUUUAGUCUGUGUCUGUCUGUCUGUGUAUCUUUCUCUGUCUGUAUUAGUUUCUCCUACUUAUCAUUUUCUGUCCCUUUGUUCUAUUGUACUGAUGACAUUGCUAUCAUAUCUACGUCAUUCUCUGUCUAUAAAUCUUUUAGUCUGUGUCUGUCUGUCUGUGUAUCUUUCUCUGUCUGUAUUAGUUUCUCCUACUUAUCAUUUUCUGUCCCUUUGUUUUAUUUUAUUGAGCACAUUGCUAUCAUAUUUAAGUCAUUCUCUGUCUUUCUCUGUAUUUACCGUUGUCAAUAUGUUUCAACUGCUUAUCAUUUUUCGUCCCUUUGUUCCUUUGUUAUCACAUCUACGUCAUUCUCUGUCUUUCUCUGUAUUUACCGUUGUCAAUAUUAGUUUCAACUGCUUAUCAUUUUCCAUCCCUUUGUUCGUUUUACUGCUCACAUUGUUAUCACAUCUACGUCAUUCUCUGUAUAUAAACCACCCAGUCUGUCUCCGUCUUCCUCUGUCAAUAUUUGUCUCUUCUGCUCAUCGUUAUCCGUCCCUUUGUUUCAUUUUACUGUCCACAUUGCCAUCAUAUUCGCGUCCUGCUGCUGAGAUGAUGGUUCUUCUCCUUUUCUCUUUUUCUACUUUCCUGUAUUUUGUUUUCUUAUCCUUCCUUCUUCCUCCCUCCCUCUCUCUCUCUCUCUCUUGUGGUGGUGGUGGUGGUGGCGAUGUUGAGGCCUACAAGACACGCGUACUUUCGGUGUCAUAAAGUCGACGAACUGUACACGACCACCGCCCUCACAUCCCUAUAUUGUAUUGUGGCCAGGUUCGUCAUGAAAAGGGAGGAGGAGGAGGAGGAGGGUGGGCGGUAGAGGAGAAGGAGGAGGAGGAAGAAGGGAAGGGUGAGAAGUAGAGAAGAGAGGGAGAAGGGAGGAGAACGGGGAGGGUAGGGUAGGCAAGUGUAGAAUAGAGGUAGAUUUAGUUAAGGUAGGGGAAAGGUAAGGUUGGGUUUGGGUGGUGUUAGUUUAGACCGUUAGAGGGAGAUUAGGGUGAAAAAUAAGGAGAGGAAGGGAAAAUAACAAAAGGAAGCUGAAAUGAAAGGAAAACAGAUAUAAAUGGAAGGGAAAGGAAAGGAAAGAAAAAUAAGGAAGAGGAGAAAUAAGGUUAGGGAAGGGAAGGAGAGGAAAGGAAAAUAACAAAAGGAAGGGGAAAUGAAAGGAAAACAGAUAUAAAUGGAAGGGAAAGGAAACGAAAGAAAAAUAAGGAAGAGGAGAAAUAAGGUUAGGGAAGGGAAGGAGAGGAAGGGAAACUAUCAAAAGGAAGGAGAAAGGAAAGGGAAGGGAAAGGAGAGUCAAAGGAAUAUAAGGAAAGUGAAGGGAAGAUAAAUAAAAGAAAAAUAAGGAGGAGGAGGAGGAGGGCGGCAGACAAUGUUAGGGAGAAGUCACUAAUUGGCUAUACCUUUCCAAAUUGGCUUUAUGGGCUGCACAGGUGAGUUCGGGAAAGCAAAUAAUUGACUGACAGGGCGAGUGAUGGACGGACUGACUGACUGGCUGCUGGCAAACUAAGUGGAAGGGAAGCGGAGGAGCAUGACUGAUGUGUGACUGCCUGAAGUGGCGUGACUGAGAGGAAUGAGUGGCGGGGAAAGAGUGAAAUGAGUGACAAGAGUGAGUUAGCCAGGGAAUGAAUGUGAGAGUGAGUGAGUAAGUGAUGGAGGGAGGGAGGUAAGGGUAAGAUAUUAAGUUAGGAAGGGGAAGGAGAAGAAAGGAAAAUAAGAGGAGGAAAGGGAAAUGAAAGGAAAACUGAGGUAAGGAAAGGAAAGGGAAGAGUAGUCAAAGGGAUUAGGGAAAGGAAGGAAAGGAAAGGAAAACAGGAGCAAAAGGAAAGGGAAAUGUAAGGAAAACAGUGAGGUAGGGAAAGGAAAGGAAAGGGAAGGGAAGUCAAAGGAAUAUAAGGGAAGGGAUUAGGGUAAGAAAUAAGGUGAGGGAAAGGAAAACAGGGACAAAAGGAAAGGGAAAUGUAAGGAAAACAGUGAGGUAAGGAAGGGGAAGGGAAGAUAAACGAAAGAAAAAUAAGAAGGAAGAGAAAUAAGGAUAGGAAAGGGAGGAAAAGGAAAGGAAAAUAACAACAAAAGGAAGUGGAAAUGGAAGGAAAACAGCAAGGUUAAGGAAAGGAAAGGGAAGGGAAGGGAAGAAAAGUGAUAGAAAGAAAAAUGAUUGAAAAAUAAGGAGCGGUGGAUUAGUCUCAACGAAAGUCUGUAAGUAGAAAGAAAAAUGAGUAAGUAGGAUGGAAAAUUGAUAGAUAGGAAGAAAAAUGCGUAAGUAGAAAGGAAAAUGAGUAAGUAGGAUGGAAAAUUGAUAGGUAGGAAGAAAAAUGCGUAAGUAAAAAGGAAAAUGAGUAAGUAGGAUGGAAAAUUGAUAGGUAGGAAGAAAUGCGUAAGUAGAAAGAAAAAUGCGUAGGUAGGAAAAAAAGUGGAUAGGUACGAAACGCUGGAAUUAAAAAGAAAAAAAAAAGAUGAAAGUAACUGUCAUUGGCGACGUGUGUGUGUGUGUGUGUGUGUGUGUGUGUGUGUGUGUUUACAAGUCACUCCCGUACGGUAACAAGUUUAAAAGUGAUGGUGAUUAGGCGGGAAAUAGGUGGAUCGUGGGAGAGGAGCAGGUGGAUAAGAAUGGGGAAUGGAGUGGAGUAGAAGGGUGGAGAAAUGGUGUGUGCAGAGGAAAGUGGAUAAUGAAUGGAUAGGGGAGUGGACUGAGACACUGACGUACGGGAAGGAUAUGUGGAGGGUGGAGGUGGGAGGGGAA